UUGACACGAGCUCUGUGGAUAUUGCUUACAGAUCUACGGAUGAUCUACGCGUAAACUUACCCUACCUUACCUUGAGGGGUUGGUGAUCUUUCAGCGCUUACACAAUCGACAACUUUUGAAAGCAACAUGUAAACAAGUACAGAUCAUUUCACGCACUUUCUAAUGUUCAUAAUAAGAAGACAUACAGAGAAUCGCUGCUGACCGAUGCAGGAGCAACAGCGACUGCGUGUUCAAGUUUGGCUUUGUGAAUCGGUUUGCUUUCCUGGAUGCUGGCUUUAUUUACAUGGACCAAGGCACACUCGCUGAAACUCUGGCAUCUUACACGAGGAUUUAAAUGAGCUGAGGAUGGCGGAUGUUAGGAUGUAUAAUGUUGUUAUUUUGGGAAUAGGAUUUUUGCUCAUUUUUACAGCCUUCACCACCUGCGGUAAUAUCGAACAAACAGUGGUGAAAAGCUUGAAUAGCACUAACUUCACUGGGAGUGGGUAUCACAGCCUUGGAAUAAUAUAUGGAGUUUUUUCAUUCUGCAAUGUGUUAGCUCCUACUGUCGUUGCAAUAAUUGGACCACAGUUUACCAUGUUCUUGAGUGGAGUUCUUUAUAGUGGUUAUAUAGCUGUAUUCAUCAUUCCAUCCACAUGGUCCUUUUAUUUGACAUCCGUGAUAAUCGGCAUUGGAGCAGCCCUGCUUUGGACAGCUCAAGGGCACUUUCUAGUGGAGAACUCUGAUGCUUCCACCAUCAACAGGAACACAGGAUUGUUUUGGGCUUUACUGCAGUGCAGUAUGUUGUUUGGAAAUCUGUACGUUUAUUUUGAUUGGAAAGGAAAAACUGAAAUUUCAGAUAGAGACAGAAAGAUUAUGUUUAUUGCUCUGCUGGUUAUCUCAGCACUCGGGACACUGAGUUUUCUUGCAUUGAGGAAGGUCUGUCAGCAGGAAGAGGUUCUCUCUGAAGAGGAGGGCCAGUCUCUUUUAUCGACGAGAUUGAAAUAUAAACAGAGAGCAACAUCUGCUGUGACGGAAGCUAAAACAGAGUUUAAGACGAUUUUGGAAAUCUUCAAA